UCAGCUCUCACAGACUAUGUGCCAGGAAAAGAUUGUCUGCUCUGAGCUAGCAGGCCCCUAAGGGGUACUGUGUCCCGGCUGCUUCAGACUAGGAAGCAACGCGCUUAGAGUCAAGGGAACAAUGGAUCAAAAUGGUCAUCAGCCAAGACAGGAGAGACCCAGCGUUCGCCUGGAAAAGUUGCAGCACUGGGCAAGACGCAGGCAGAGUGGACACCUGCUGGUGCUGGCGGUGAGCCAACUGUGGCUGGCAAUAGUCAUGGUACCCUUUACUAUCUCCCUUGCGUGCUUGAAGUCGGCUUGUCAAAUGGCCACAGCAAUGCCACUUUGGUCUGGAGCCUCGGGUCUCCUCACUGGGCUUAUCACCCUCGAGCUUCGAAGAGCACCUCGUAUCUGGAAGGUGCGGGCCAUGAUGAUAUCCAACACACUCAACCUGCUCUUGGGAUUCAUUGUGGUGGUGACAGAGGUGAUGAAGACAGCCUUGGGGCCUGCCUCGACUGACCCCUCCCAGGUACUGGUGAAGAAGGACAAAGGUUCCAGGGAGGAGAAAGGGCAGAAGAAAAUAGGGACUGUGCCCAUGAACGCAUCCUCACCCUGCUACCUGCAGUUGACAGGGUUGCUGGUGCUAGAGCUCAGUGCUGAGGCCUUCACCCUAGCGGCAGUGCUGGUCUCAACAUACGCCCUGUUCUUGCUGAGCCAGAGAAAGCCGGGAUGCUUCAAGAAAUCAAGUCUGAACUACCAGGAGCUACAGGAGGGCCUCCCUGAGGUGGAGGAGGUUUCUGGUUUGGAGAACAGUCCCGUGGUGGCUAGCACAGGAAGUAGAACAGAUGAGUGAGUGGGCAAGACAGGUGCCACUGUCUCCCUACGCCAAGGGGGGCAUUCUCCAGCCACUUCUGCAUCAUGGCCCUCCCUUGGACUACAACUGGACUCCCCCAAAACAUGCAUGAAGCCCGGAGGAGUGCCCUUACUUUCCCCUCAAACCAGGCCCGUUUCUCUUCUCUUUCCUACUAGAGGAAGAUAAUAUCUGGACUAGUGACUUCCCUCACCUCACUCCUUGUCAAGCUGCUUCCUCCUCGCAUUCUUCGCCUUCUUCCUCCCUGCCUCUCCAUCCAGCUUCCCAUCUGCCUCAUCUCACUGUUUUUUGUUUUUGUUUUGUCUGUUCACCUUUCACAAUACCAUCCACUCCGAGCCGGGUUGCUGCACCGGCCAACACAGAAUCCGCGUCGGUUGUGCUCCAGGUCUCCCUUGGAUCCGGGUCCUGCCUAAUUUACCAGAGACUACAAAUCCCAGGAUGCCCCGCUACCCCGUGACCUACUGGAAAAUAAAGAGCCUUCUCUCGG